UUUCAUAGAGAUGAAAAUGUAGCAGGGAAUUUCCCGCGAGAAAAUGUAUACAUAUAUAGAGCGUAAACGCACGUGACACCUGUCAAUAUUUAGCCUUACGCACCUAGUGUCAAACAAACCGAAUGAUAUAUAAUGGCUUCAAACAAAAGUCUAGCAGGUACUAUACGUAAACUUGACGAGGUGGUUGUGAACAGGAUAGCGGCUGGGGAGGUUAUACAGAGGCCGGCUAAUGCUUUAAAGGAAAUGAUGGAAAAUUGCCUGGACGCUAAGGCUACCAGUAUCACGGUGAUUGUGAAACAGGGAGGACUGAAGCUUCUACAGAUACAAGACAACGGGACAGGGAUCAGGAAAGACGAUAUGAACAUUGUAUGUGAGAGGUUUACUACCAGCAAGCUACAAUCAUUUGAUGAUCUCAGCUCCAUCGCAACUUACGGGUUCCGGGGUGAAGCUUUAGCAAGUAUAAGUCAUGUGGCCCACGUUACCAUAACAACCAGAACAGUGGAUUCAAAAUGUGCUUAUAGAGGUCAAUUCACGGAUGGAAAGUUGAAGGAAGCAGUCAAGCCGUGUGCUGGCAACGUCGGGACCCAGAUAACGGUUGAGGAUUUAUUUUACAACAUUAGCACUCGACGAAAGGCCCUGAAGAGUCCAUCAGAAGAGCAUUCCAAGGUCAUAGAAGUGGUCAGCAGGUAUGCUGUGCAUAAUUGUAAAGUAGGAUUCACUUUGAAAAAGCAUGGAGAGAGUACUGCGGAGGUUCGGACACCAGCCAACUCUACACACGUUGAAAACAUUCGCACUAUAUUUGGGCCAUCCAUCGCAAGGUAGGGAGCUCCUGUUAAUUCUCAGUGAUUUCUCCUCCAGUGAGGAGGGAGAAACUCAUCUUGUGUGUAUACAUUCAUUACUCAGUAUUUACAUUUC